AUGAUCCUCCUCCAUAUGUCAAGUAUAACUUUAUUACAGAAGACGCCUGAAAAGAGUUUCUCAAGAUUCGAGAUACCCCUGAAUUUAAGGAAAAAAGUCAGAAGGAGAGCACGACAAAAGAAAGGAGGAGAAUACACAUCAAAAUCUACACAAGAGGUUGCUGAAAAAAUUGAUUCUCUUGUUCAAGAAGCUGAAAAAGGUGCAAUUGUUCCAGAUGGACGUAACGAUAUCUUAUCAUUAGCCAUUGGAACAUCUGAGCAUGGAGAGGAGGAGGAUAUUAGGUGUUUCAGAGAAAAGGAUGUACAGUAUGAACUGCAACAGCAGUGCUUGGGAGUUCCAAAUAUUCUUGAUGUCAUGGUCCUCACCCUCACCGGCACUGUUUAUUUAAAACUGCCCAAGGCCUAG